AUGGGCUUUCGAAAGGCCCCGACGCAGGCCUUGAAGGCAGCCAACAAGGUCAAGCGACAGGAACUCUUCGUGCAACACAAGAAGGACAAGGACAAGGAUCGCCGGGAGGAACGACUGCAGCGUAAAAAGCAAGAGGACCGCAACCCCGAGCUCAAGGCCGCCCGACUUGCCAAAAAUGUGACCAAGACGCUGGAUCAAAAGCGUGUUUGGGACGAUGUCGAUGAUGAUAGCCUUGGUGCUGUAGUUGACCUGGAGAAACUGAAGCGCAGACGCAUGGAGGAGGCCCGGGCCGAGGAGGAGGCCGCCUUGAACGCUCCGCUCGACCAAGACGACGAUGACGACAACGAUAGCAUGCUGGAUAGCGACGAUGAGGAUGAUGAAGCACGAGAAGCGGCUGAAGCAAAAGCGCGCGCAAAGCGUGCUCUCAGAGACAGCAGUGCGGCCCCUUCGACGACCAGUACCAACCUAGACCUGACGCCGUCGUCGCUGGCUCUCAAAUUCCCUACACUCUUUACGGAUAUUCCACCGCCCGCCCCCAAAAUUCUCGUCACAACGUCAUUGAACUCGACGCUGCAUCAGGAAGCGCAUCUGCUCACGACACUCUUCCCCAAUAGCAACUACAUUCCUCGUUCAUCACAUCGUUACGGCCACAAGUACUCUCUCCGGGAGAUUUGCAAGUUUUGCAUCGGCAGAGACUACACAGCCGUGGUAUUACUCAAGGAAGACCUCAAGAAACCAACGGGCAUGUCGGUGGUGCACCUCCCCUCGGGCCCGACCUUUCACUUUUCCAUCUCCAACUGGGUCGAGGGCAAGAAGCUGCCUGGCCACGGCAACCCGACCAACCACUACCCGGAGCUGCUCCUCAACAACUUCAAGACGCCGCUGGGCCUGCUGACGGCCAAGAUUUUCCAAACGUUGUUUCCGCCCGCGCCUGAGUUCCAGGGCCGGCAGGUGAUUACGUUGCACAACCAGCGCGACUAUAUUUUCGUGCGCCGGCACCGCUACGUGUUUCGCGACAAGCGCGCGACGGAAAAGAGCGUCCUCGCCACCGACGGCGAAAAGUUGAAGGGUGUCGAGGAGAUCCGCGCGGGCCUUCAGGAGCUCGGCCCGCGCUUCACACUGAAGCUGAGGCGUGUUGACAAGGGCAUCGGGCGUGCGGGCAGCGAAGGUGACGAUGCGACGCAGUGGGAGUGGAAGGCCAAGAUGGAGAAGGACAGAAAACGGUUCAACCUGUGA